GUAGAAGUGAUGCAAAAUUUCAGGAGCAAAAUUUUAAACCAUGGCAUUUCAAUCAGCAAUCAGGAUUACGAAUUGCUGAUGAACCUGCAUUCUUUGAUAUAAUGCCUAAAUCUUUAAUAUUAGAUGAUAAAACUAGAAUAUUGUGCCCAAGGGCAGAAUUAAAUUUUGAAAAUAUCGAACUAAAACCAUUUACAGAGCUAAAUAAUGCAGUAGAAAAAGCAUUAAAGCACCACAAUCCUUAUCAUGAAUUAUUGAAAGUAUUUAAAACUUAUGGGCAUUUUUUACCCAAAAGUAUUAUUUUUGGGCACAGAUUAUACAGAGCAUGUCAUUUAGAUAUAAAGGAAAAUUCACUACAAUUUACAGAUUGGGAAGAUUUUGACUUUGUAACGUAUAAUAACAACUUGCUGAACAAAUGGGAAAACUACACAAAAUUUCAUAACUUAAGCACAUCAACUAAUGACGAGGUUAUGAUAUCAAUAAAUAAUGGCAAAAUUGUAAGAGAUGACCUUAAAGAAUGGGUGAACUCUUGCUUAGAAAGUAAUAUCGAUUCAUGGCAA